AUGGUUGUUUUUAUGAUGAUCGAAAAGUCUUUGGAUGAGUCGUUGGAAUCUUCGUCGCAGUCGUCAGGGUGCGGAUGUAUGGGAGGAGACUCCCGAAGUGCGUUGUCAGUAUUAGAUGCUCAAAUGCAAAUGGACACUGGUCGAUACAGUUCCGUCACGGUCAGCUUCGGCACGUGCAAAUCCCGGUCUCCUAAUCUCGGUAUGAUUGCUUCAGAAGAGGAAAAGAAGCAACUCACCUGGUUGAUACAGUUCCGUCACAGUCAGCUUCGGCACGUGCAAAUCCCGGUCUCCUAA